UGUUUAAACGUCGUCGUGUUAUUAAUACUGGAGUCGCCUGUAAAAUAUACCUAAGUAUGUAGCUAAACUAAGGAUAUUUGUUUGAGGAAUUCUUUUGUGCAUUAUAUUUAGUGGCAAUCGCAUUUAGUGUGAAUUAGUUACAGUAGUCGUGAACAUACGUAUGUAGACAGCUUCUGCGGAAUUUAGUGUUAGUUUUGUGUGUUGGAAUAACAGACGUCGGCGUUUCUUCAGGCUGACUAAUUUCAGCCCUGGGUCUGAUGGGUGGCUGACGGCUGCUGAAGUGUCUGAAAGUUGCUCCUGAGUUUCCAAGAUGGCGUCGUGGUGGUGGGGCUUGCUGGUGCUGUCUGGACUGGCCGUGGGCCAGGGACCUGAGAAACGUAGAACCGGCAACAUUUGCGGUGUGGACAUGGACUGUCCCGACAACGCGUUCUGCCGCCUCAACAGCUACUGCGUCUGUAAGGACGGCUUCGUGUACGCCGCCGUCAACAGCACACACAAGGGCUGCUUGAAGGAAGCCUCAAUCGGGGACCCGUGCGUGCAGCACAUCCAGUGCCACUCGACGCUGGGGGUGCAUUCCGAGUGCGUGGCCGACGCGUGCGCCUGCAAGCAGAACGCGCAUCUUGAGGGCACUAGGUGCUAUGAGACUGCUUUGAUUGGCGACCGCUGCGUGUCUGACGAGAACUGCCUGCUGGGCGACCGCUCGGCCCCCGAGUUCCAGGCCUACUGCGUGCGCGGGUACUGCUCCUGCCAGCUGCUCUACAGCCCUAGGGACAAUGGCACCAGAUGCGUGCGCGACGCGUCCCUCGGCGAGGCCUGCGAGGACGAGCUGCAGUGCGCGGGCGCCGGGCUGGAGUGCCGCGGGACCUGCCGCUGCAAGGACGGCUGGGCCGCGCACAAUUACACCAACUCUUGUUUAUUGUCGGUGAAAGCCCUAGGCGAGGCGUGCGACUACGACGUGCAGUGCGAGGCUUUGGGCGGCUCCUCCGACGCGCCGGCGCCCACCGCCGCCCUGUGUCUGGGCGGCGUCUGCACCUGCGGUUACAACGCCAGGGCGGCGGGAGAACCCAAACACUGCUGGCACAGGAAACGGCCCGGCCAGGAAUGCAAGAGAGAUGAGGAAUGCGUAUCAGAAGAAGACGAGCCAGGCUACUGCCUGUCGGGCCGCUGCACGUGCAAGACCUGCGCCCCCGACGCCAGGGACUUCAACUCCGCCCCUUCCCUCCCCGCGCCGCUCCACCUCGCCGCCAUCUUGUUAUUAACCGCCAUUUUGACGCAAUAGACGCCAUCUUGAAUACGACGCCAUGUUGUUAUGGAUUUUAUGCAUGAGGUUGUGAUGUUUGUUGAAAGCGUUGUGAUCUAAUUAUUGACGUUUGAAAAGUUUGUUGCCAUUGAGAGCUAAACAGAUAUUAAAGUUGGUAAAGUUACUCGUAUAUUUGAUAAUUUUAUUAUUGAAAUGUUAAAAUGAAUCAUGAAGAAUAUUAUUUAAACCUUUACUUAUGGCGAAAUUUAUUGGCCAUCUGAAAAUCUGAAUCAUGUAAGUACCUAGAUGUUAGACACACAAAAGUAAGAUUGAACUCCAGUGAAAAUGCUAAGCAAUAAUUUGAUGAUGUUAUUAAUUUUAGCACAAUAAUUAGUGAUUUAUAUGUUGUUGAUUCCUACGUUGUACCUAGGUAGUUGAUUAAUAGUUUACGAUAAGGUGUAAAUACGAUUAUUGUUGUUGUUUUAUUUUAUUAAACUUAUUUUAAGUGUAGUGACCUAACAAACAUAUGAUAUUUUCCAUAAAAACAGUAUUUUGCGUGCAAUUUUUCUAUUGUGAAUAAGAUGACAUAAUAAAAAAUAGAUUUAUAUGCCAAAGAACUGUACACAUACAAUGAUUAUGAGAAUAAAAAAAUAUCUAUUUAUUUA